CGCCGGAUCGUCAAGCUUGAGUCUAAUUGACCUAGAUCCUCUUCGGCCUGAGGAGCCGAGAUUCUCAAGCCACAACAUGCCAGAUUGUCUGCGGACCGUUACUUUACUUACAUCCAGCCACAAAGUCAAUUCAGUCUUCCUUUACACACCAUUGAACUGGUCGUGUAGCUGUUUGCGGAAACUCUCUUCAGACGACAGAGUUGGUUCAGCCUUGACUAUACGAUGCGGGCGGGGUCGAUUCACGCCCAGAAACUUUUUUUCAUAUGAACAUGACGACUGUUCUAUCCCACGACAUGUGAUGGACUGAAGGCCUACUCGUAUCAAAAUGGUUUGACAAGGCGCCCUGCUCGACUUCGAAUUCAUCAUAUAUCUGCCUCCGUAGAUACUCGGUCUCAGAAC